CCGACCUGUCGCAAAGGCCGCGUUGGGGGCGGCGAAUGAGCGAGGCGCUUUCCGUGUGGUCCGGCGGCGGUGGCGGCCGGCUCUCCCUCCUGCUCCCGCCGCGGGGUGCGAUUCCCCGCCGGUCUCCAGCCGCGUCCCAGCCUGGCCGGUGCUCCCUGCCUCCUCCGCCAUGCCCCCCAAGAAACAGGCUCAGGCCGGGGGCAGCAAGAAGGCGGAGCAGAAGAAGAAGGAGAAGAUCAUCGAGGACAAAACUUUUGGUCUAAAGAAUAAGAAAGGAGCAAAGCAGCAAAAGUUUAUCAAAGCUGUGACUCAUCAGGUUAAAUUUGGUCAACAAAAUCCACGACAGGUAGCACAAAGUGAAGCUGAGAAGAAAUUGAAGAAAGAUGACAAGAAGAAAGAAUUGCAGGAAUUAAAUGAGCUCUUCAAACCUGUGGUUGCUGCUCAAAAAAUUAGUAAAGGUGCAGAUCCCAAGUCCGUGGUAUGUGCAUUCUUCAAGCAAGGACAGUGUACUAAAGGAGAUAAGUGUAAGUUCUCUCAUGACUUGACGCUGGAGAGAAAAUGUGAAAAGCGAAGUGUUUACAUUGAUGCAAGAGAUGAAGAACUUGAAAAGGAUACUAUGGACAAUUGGGAUGAGAAAAAACUGGAAGAAGUAGUGAACAAGAAGCACGGUGAGGCGGAAAAGAAAAAACCAAAAACUCAAAUAGUGUGCAAACAUUUCCUUGAAGCCAUUGAAAACAACAAGUAUGGCUGGUUUUGGGUUUGCCCUGGAGGAGGUGAUAAUUGCAUGUAUCGGCAUGCACUUCCUCCUGGAUUUGUGUUGAAAAAAGACAAAAAGAAAGAAGAGAAAGAAGAUGAAAUUUCAUUAGAAGAUCUAAUUGAAAGAGAGCGUUCUGCCCUAGGCCCAAAUGUUACCAAAAUCACUCUAGAAUCUUUUCUUGCAUGGAAAAAAAGGAAAAGACAAGAAAAGAUUGAUAAACUCGAACAAGAUAUGGAAAGAAGAAAAGCAGAUUUCAAAGCAGGCAAAGCACUAGUGAUCAGUGGUCGUGAGGUGUUUGAAUUUCGUCCUGAGUUGGUCAAUGAUGAUGAUGAGGAAGCAGAUGAUACCCGUUACACCCAGGGAACAGGUGGAGAUGAGGUUGAUGAUUCAGUGAAUGUAAAUGACAUAGAUUUAAGUCUGUAUGUCCCGAGAGAUGUAGACGAGACAGGUAUUACAGUAGCCAGUCUGGAAAGAUUCAGCACAUACACUUCGGAUAAAGAUGAAAACAAAUUAAGUGAAGCUUCUGGAGGCAGGGCUGAAAAUGGUGAAAGAAGUGAUCUGGAAGAAGACAAUGAAGGGGAGGCUCAGGAAAAUGGAGCUAUUGAUGCCGUUCCUGUUGACGAAAAUCUUUUUACUGGAGAAGAUUUGGAUGAACUAGAAGAAGAAUUAAACACACUUGAUUUAGAAGAAUGACACCAAGCAAAUCAGUGAAAAAAUUGAGUCAGCUCAAUGUGAGUUGAAACUGACUACAUUAAUUUUUUCCAGCUAGAAUCAACAGGAAGUUUGUUUCCCAUGCUGAUUAUGGAGGGUUAAUUCUCCUCCAACAAAGGAAUAUUCUCCCUACGUCUUCUCUUCUGGCUUUGACUACGUCUCAUAGUAAGUUCAGAGUAGUUCAUAAUAAAUUGAAAGUAUAAUGGUCAUUGCAGAAAAUGAUUGAUUGUUGCAACUGUCCACUCAAGUAGGAAUUGUAACUGCUUUUUCAGCUUUUGGUUUUCAUUGGGCAUGUGUUAUUACCAGGAACUACAUAAAUUUACAUUUAAAAUACCCCUCGUUUGAUGCAGUUUUUAAUGGGUGAGUUCAUUUCCUUUGUAUUUAUGUUUAAAAGACUGCCUCAGAUGACACUGUACAUCAUAAACGAAACUGCAUAUGCAGAUUCAGUGUUGUAUAUCUUUUGGACAAAAAGAGUGAACAUUUAAAAUGGGAUUUCCUCAAUCUGACAGGAUCAGCUAUAAUGCCCUCUGUUAAGCUGUUUAAACGUUUUUCCUCUUCUUUUUUGCCAAUAAAGUUGUAAAUAAAGACUGUCAUACAUUAAAA